CGGCAGGCAUCUAUUCAUAAAUCAUAGUUGGAGGAAACAACACAGUACUGUAGAAGCAUCACCAAUCGAGCAACAGACAGCACGGUUUGUUUUACGGUAGGUUGGAGUGCGAUGAGAUGUAAUGAGGUCCGCUUGAUUCACCUUGAAGAUGAUGUGGGCUUGGAGUCACACAAUGUAAUAGAGACUGUACAGUGGUGAUGGGUAUAGCCUCCGCUGCCGCUCUGCAUCCAUAGGUAUCAAUAGAUACACCUUGAUUGACAAGAACACGGUAAUCUCACUUUUUGUUUGUGGUGUUCUGAUUCCUUUGAUCUGUAUCCCAUAGCACUGAAUCUGACGAGCGUCCCUAGAAGCUUAACGCAGCAAACAAAAAAAAAGAACGAAAGCACAACGAGAAUGAAGCUUAGAUCAUCGCUAGUCCUCCUUUUUGGCUCCCUGCAGCUGGUAGGUUGCAACAGCAACAUCUAUUACGAUGAAAUCGGUAGCGAAGGUGUUUCUCAGCAACAAGAACGCGAGGCGUCACUCGAAGAGAUGAUCAUGGAAGAGAUCGCCGCGGAAGAACUGACGGAAGAGGAGAUCGUGAGGGUAGAAGCCAUGCUGGCGGGAGACAACACCAACUACGCGGAGAUGGACCCAGCCGGGUACGAAUACGAAUACGAAUACGAUUACGAAUACGAAGUCGACGGAGAAAACAAUGAGCAACGCCAACUGGCGCCGUACGGGUAUGCGCCCCGGCGGGUCAGGCGCCCCGGCCAGUCGUCGAAUUAUAACCAGAGGAUCAGUGCCUACAACCCGCGCCCCCUGCCCUUUAGUGCUCCGCCUCCGAAGAAGGGAUUCCCACCCCCCAAGAAGAAGUUCAAGAAGGGACCCCCCAAGAAAAAGGGCCCUCCCAAGAAGGGACCGGGACCUAGGCCUCCCCCUCCCGCAGACAACUUUGGCUUCCAGGCUCCACCCGGUUUCAACCAAGGCAUUGGCUUCGUGGGUUCGGACGAAGGUGGCAAUCCCGUCAUCAUUGUGCAGGCAAGGCCAGGAAACGCGCUUUCGUCCAUGCUUGGUUAUUUCCGUGUGAACAUCAACGGAAUUCCUAUGGUGCUCAUCGUCGAGGAGGAGCCCGUCGGCGUUGCCAUUCCGGGCGUACCCACCGUGGAACCAACCAACCGACCGUCCGCCACCCCUACGAAGAAGCCCUCCCCCCGGCCCACGACACAACCGACCAAGAAACCCUCGCCCAGACCUACCAAGCAACCCACCAGAAAGCCAACGAGACGUCCCACGAGGAGACCCACGAGGCGACCGACGCGACGCCCGAGCAAGCGGCCUUCCGCAAGGCCCACAAAGAACCCCACCCCAGCACCAACCCGUACACCCACCAGGAGGCCAACCAACGUACCUUCCCGGAAUCCAACCAAAGCCCCUACCAAAUUCCCCACGCAGCGUCCCACGAAAGCUCCAACCAGGUUCCCAACCAACCAACCCACGAAGAAGGCUUCGUUUUAGACAUCUCCUAUGCUGGUCUUGCGUUGCGUUCCCUUGUUGUUGCAUUGUUUUGUUGUACAGAAUCAUCAUCGUGUCGAUUCGAAUCGUGUCGGAUCCAACCCUUACAAUUUCCGGGUCACCGAAGGGAAGGGAAACAGAUCGAUCCCUCCCUCUUUCCAAGGAGAGCAGGAGGGUUUCGUUGCUUGCUGCCGGCCGGAAGGUCGGCCUUCGAUUAUCUCGAACGCUGGUACUAGAAGGCAGCAUAGCCUAGUUCGCAAAUAAGAACAAUCGAUUUCC